AUGUCGCUCUCUCGGUGUGAGGAAAGGACGUCCAUGACGGGAGCCGCACAUCCAUCCAGAUCAACCCAGACCCCCAAGUCUCCCACUUGUAUGUGGUCCUUCUCUGUGUCCGAGCUGGCCAUCCCGGGCGCCGAGAUUGGACGUAUCUCGGCAACCGACGCCGACCUUGGCGAGAACGCCAAGCUGGAAUACACCAUCCUGGAGGGGGAGUCCGGAGACACCUUUAACAUCAGCGGAGUGAACCAAGAGGCGGUCAUCACACUCAACAAGGGGGUGGACUACGAGAGCCGGAGCUCCUACUCCUUCUCCGUGGAGGUGCUCAAUCCGAUCGUGGACCCCCGCUUCCUCCGUCGGGGACCCUUCAAAGACCGGGCCUCCAUACGAGUCGCCGUCCUGGACGCCGACGAGCCGCCGAGGUUCUCCAGGUCCCGAUACCACAUGGAUGUUUCUGAGAACUGCCCGCCCGCCUGCACCGUGGGCCGGGUCAGUGCCGUAGACCCGGACACCGGUCUGACCAACAAUAUCAGGUUCUCCGUGGACCCCCAGUCGGACCCGGAGGCCCUGUUCCGUAUCACGCCGGACACUGGCCUGCUGACCACGGCGGUGGAGCUGGACCGGGAGCGAGAGCACUGGCACAACAUCACCGUCAUCGCCACCCAGAGAGACAACCCCAGCCAAGUGUCCAGAGUUCUGGUGGCCAUCGAGACGCUGGACCUGAACGACAACGCUCCUGAGCUGGACAGACAGUACACCACGGCCAUGUGCGACUCCUCCUCCGUCGGACAGGUGGUGCAGGUGCUGCGGGCGAUUGAUCGAGACGAGGGAGGGAACGACAGCACGGUGUAUUUCAGCAUCCCUCCAGAAUCCCGCGCCGCCCUUAACUUCAGCGUCAGAGACAGUGGUGGGGGGGGGGCGCGGGCCGGGGAGAAGGACAGGGACAAGCAGGCGGAGGGGGAGUGGGACUGGGAGAAAGAGGCGGUGUGUCUUCCCCAGCAGUCCUCGCUGCCCUCCCCCGGGCUCAGCACCGCUGCCCUGCUGGCCAUCCUGGCCUGCGUCGCCACGCUGCUGGCGGUGAGCGCCCUGUCCCUGUCUCUGCGCCGGCAGAAGCGCGACGCCCUGUCGCCGCUGGAGGAGGACGACGUGCGCGAGAACAUCAUCACCUACGACGACGAGGGCGGGGGGGAGGCCGACACGGCCGCCUUCGACAUCGCCGCCCUCCAGAGCGCCCCCCACAGCUCGCGCUCACGUGGAUACCGCACUCUAGACAGCAGGAACAUUCGCUACAGCCAGCACGGUCAGGAGAAAGCCCGCACCUACAGCUGGGCCCAGAAUCCGGCAGCCACACGCUGCCCGUCCUCCGCCGGGCCCCGGGGGGGGGGGGCCUUCGACCAGGGCCUGGCAGAGCUGGCCUACCGCUUUCCCGGGGGCCAGCCGGACCACUCCCUGGUCAUCCAGAACCAGGGCGCCAUGGUCAGGCCGACGGAGGCGGGGGCCGUGUACGUGGCCCCCGCCGACCUGAGCGCGGGCAGCCGCGACGGGACGGCCCCCCAGAGCGCGGUCAGCACCUCGGACGGAGGCACGCCCAGAACCAGCAACAGCCAGGAGAGGGGGGGGGGGCACGGGCAGCGCCAGCAACUGCACAGAGGCCAGCAGCGAGGACAAAGUCAACCUCAACCAGGACGUGGAGUGGGUAAGGACCACGGUCGUACUCUGAAAACCGAUCGGUACGAAAAAAACAUAAUAGAAAAAAAGUCAGAGGAAGUGCAGUCGGAGACUUUGCCCAGGGAGCACAGCCUGGUCAUGACCCGGUCCGGCUCCGUGAUGGGCCAGGGUCCGGGUGCCGGGGGCUGGGUGUGUGACUCGGCCACCCUCCCCAUGGCGGGACGCAGGGCCUCCCGGGGGGGCCUGUCCCCGAAGCGCGCCUGCCCCGGCCAGAGCGAGCCGGACUCCGGCGGGGGGGGCGGGCGGGGGGGUGAGGGGACGAGCGGAAAGGCCGCUUCCUCCUCGGACGGACAGCAGCAACCCUAUAGUGGACACAACUACAGCAGCGUCCUGCACGGGGAGGGGUCCGGGGCCAGAGACUACGCCGGCAGCCUGGGGAGGGGGGGGCUGGAGAUGGGCAGCAACUUUGUGGUGGCCAGGCCCGACAUGGAGAGCGGCCUGUCGCUGACCGGGACUCCGUCCGGCUACCCGGAGGCGGCCGGCUUCAUGGGGGACUGGCGGGAUCGGGUGGGUCUGGGGGGGUACGGUCUGGGCCGGCGGGAUAUGAGCCCCCAGCUCCUGCCCUUCCCCGGCCAGCCCCGGGGGGCCUACGCUGGAGUGGUGGGGGUCGGCGAGUUCCUGCGGCUGCGGCUGGCCCAGGUGACCUUUGACCCCUCGCAGCCCCCGUACGACUCCGUGCAGGUGUACGGCCUGGAGGGGACCGGGUCCAGAGCCGGAUCGCUCAGCUCGCUAGAGAGCGAAGGAGAGAGGGAGGAUUGGGGGGCAGGACUGGAGGAGUGGGGGCCCCAGUUUCAGAAACUAGCCCAGCUCUUUAAAGACAUGGGGAAAGAGAGGGAGGACAAGGAAAAGGUGGAGGAGGAUGCUAAAACGGAGAGGGAAACCAACGAGGAGCCUGAGAAGAGAGAGACAAAGGAGGGGGGGGGGAAGGCUGGAGAGGAGGAGAAAGACUGA